AUGGCAGACACCAAAGAUGCGGAGCAGAUACACAUGCAAGGGGGAGAUGUUGACGGGGAGUGGGGUUCGGAUAUGAACAAUGGCAGCGGAUCACCGGCGAGGAAGAAAUCAAGGAGCAGCAGAGAGGCAGCCGUAAUCAAGAGACGAUGUGUUAGCACUGCUUGCAUUGCGUGUAGGAGGAGGAAGUCGAAAUGCGAUGGAAACACGCCGAGUUGUGCUGCCUGCUCCAGUGUCUAUAGAACUGAAUGCGUGUACGACCCAAAUAGCGACCAUAGACGGAAAGGCGUAUACAAGGAAAAGAUCGACAGCUUGAAGACUCGGAACUCGACGCUGCAGACGCUGGUCCAAGCAAUAUUGAAUGCGGUUGAGGAUGACGUUCCGGCUCUCAUAAAGCAGAUCCGUACAUGUGAAAGCCUGGACGAUGUUGCGGAUAACAUAAUACGGCAGGAACAAGGUCUCGAAGAAGAAGAGGGAGGGUUUGAUGAUAACCCUGCAUAUACGACUGCAAAUCUUCCGACCUUCGAGACCGAACUGUCUGGGAAAAUGGGAGAGUUGAGGCUUGAAAAUGGAUCCGUACGAUUCCUCGGUGGGACAUCAAAUUUGAUAUAUCUAGACCCAACGAACGAUGAAGAAUUUACUGGAUCGGACGUCUACCAGCAACAGGAAGAUCCGUUGACAAGUUGGACCAAAGUGACUAUGGAUACAGAAGUCAUUGUACACUUAAUUAACAUGUAUUUCACCUGGCAUUAUCCUUACUUUACGACAUUAUCAAAAAGUCUUUUUUAUAGAGAUUUCCUCCUAGGGAAGCCAGUUGGACCUCCUAAGCGGACGGCAUACUGUUCAAGCCUUCUGGUCAAUGCCAUGCUGGCUCUAGGAUGUCAUUUUACCAAUUCGCCGAAAGGUUGCGCUGAUCCAAACGAUCCAACGUCGAAAGGCGAUGCGUUCUUCGCUGAGGCAAAGAGACUUAUUGUUGAGAAUGAUGAAUAUGAAAAGCCCAGACUAACCACUAUCCAAGCUCUGUGUCUGAUGUCUGUUCGAGAGGCUGGAUGUGGUCGGGAAGCCAAAGGGUGGGUCUACAGUGGGAUGGGUUUCCGAAUGGCCCAGGAUAUGGGCUUGAAUUUGGAUUCCGGUGGAAUGACAAACAACAAAGAGACUAUGGACGAGGGAGAAAUCGACGCGCGAAGAAUUACCUUCUGGGGCUGCUUCUUGUUCGAUAAAUGCUGGUCUAACUACCUGGGACGACUACCUCAAUUACCCGUGUCAAAUAUUACAGUGCCAAAGUAUGAUGUUUUUCCCGACGAGGACUCCGAUACUUGGUCGCCUUACACAGAUAAUGGCGUAGGACAGCUACAUUCUCAGGCUUCACGGACAAGAGCUGUGGCGCUUCAAAUUUCAGCACUCUGCGAAAUUAGUAGUGAUUUACUGAUCUUCUUUUACCAUCCCCAACAUCUUGAGAAAUCUGUAGGGAGGUCUCAGGAGCUGAAGAAACUUAGCGAAUUGCAAACGCGACUUGAAGCAUGGCGAAGAGAGCUACCAAAAGAGCUCGAACCGAAGGACGGACAGUUACCCAAUGUUCUCCUUAUGCACAUGUUCUUUCAUCUUUUAUACAUCCAUCUGUUCCGUCCUUUCCUCAAGUAUAAUCCAUCAAACUCGCCACUUCCGUCUCAUGUAUCACCUCGAAAGUUAUGCACUCAAGCUGCAGCUUCAGUGUCGAAGCUUAUGCGCCUAUAUAAACGAACAUAUGGUCUUCGCCAAAUUUGCAACAUUGCAGUCUACAUUGUGCAUUCAGCAUGCACUAUUCACCUUCUCAAUCUGCCUGAGAAAACCGCGAAGAGAGAUAUCAUCCAUGGAGUCAAGCACCUCGAGGAGAUUGCAGAAGACUGGUUGUGUGCUCGUCGGACUUUGAGUAUCCUCAGUGUCUUGGCUAGGAAAUGGAAAAUCGACUUGCCAGCAGAAGCUGCCCAAGUCUUUACUCGGGCAGAUGCUAAAUACGGCUUCUUUAGCACGUCAGAUGUUCCCUCGCCCAAGCAGGAGCUAAUAGUCACCACACCACCACCAACGCUUACCUCACCUCUUCACAUUCCUCAAAUACAGGCCAUAAAUCCACCUAAACCUAUCCGCAAUCAUAGCCAGUUACAACAGAGUCUCUACAGCUACCUGCCAGACUCGCAAUCCUUUCCUCCUAUGAAUGGUACGAGCAAGCCAGCCUCGAACGUACAGAAUACAAUGAAUCCCUCAGCUACAAACCGGGAAGCAACAUCCAACAAUUUGGGAUCCAUGAGUAUGACUACCGACUCCGUUAUACCCUCUCUCCCAUAUACACGUAACACAUCAUUCAACACGCAAUCAACUCCGACGCCCACCUCCCACUCAAUACUAUCACCCAACAGCGACCUUCCACGUACCGAGUCCACAGUAGACUCAGCUAGACAACUGAGCCCAAACACCAUCUUCGGGGGCGUAGACGCACUCGUUGACAGUGGGGACUGGUGGCUUCGAGACCAGGCUAGUCUAGCGGUUGGGUUCGAUAAUUGGAUGGGAAUGGGCAAUUCUGAGGAUAUGGGUACUGGCACUGGCACUGGCACUGGGAAUGGGAAUGGGAAUGGGAAUGGGAAUGGGAAUGGGAAUGGGAAUGGGAAUGGGAAUGGAAAUGCGACGUCGUCGCCGGACCUUUCUAGUUUGGUGGGAGUUGGGCCUAGUUACUAUCUCCCUCCGACUAGUGGGCGUAAUGAUGAUUUUGGCGGGGAUGAUGAUUGGAAUUACACGUAA